AUGCUCCGGCCGAGCGGUGUGAGCUCCCGCACCACAAAGGGCUCGGCUCUGGAAACGCUGCUCGCAGAUCCCGUGGGCGCCCACCGGCUCCGGAACCAACACUUCCUCAGCACGAAGGCGGAAGCUGAGAGGCCCGUGGAGCAGGCCAGCACACGAGAGCGCCGACGGCACAUCAUUGCUACUUUAGCCCCCGUGGGCGGCGUGCGUCGCCCCGGGGGCCCGACUGACACAGCGCCUUUGAACCCAGGGGACAGCUUCGUGGUGUCCGCGUUCGCGAGUGGCUGCGAAGGCACGGAGGACGCAGAGCGCAACACUGGCAGCAAGCAGGGGCCGCCCGGCGGGGACCCGAAGGAGGGGCCUUUCUGGGAGGACUGGUGUCCCCUCGAGGUGGUGCUCCCCCCGGAGAAGGCCGAGGGCCGUGAGGGCACAGGACUGAUCUCCAGUGUGGUCAAUGCAGAGAGAGCAGCAAGCCGGGAGGGCCCACGAGGGCCAGGCAAGAAGCACCUCAACAUUGAUGGGCUGCAGUGUGACGUCUCUGUGGAGGGGGACAGCCACCAGGACUGGACGUUCACGCUCUACGGCUUCGACCACAUCGGCAAGGCCACCAGGGAGGACAUGUCCAGCCUGGUGCACGCCAUCUACGAGGCCAUCGAUGCCUCCGUGAGCCACUCGUCUGACAGCAGCAGGACCCUCCGUGUGAAGCUGACCGUCAGCCCUGAGUCUCUCAGCGAGAGGAAGGAGAGUCCCCCCACAGGCCAGGACCAGGAGCCCACUCGCUGCAGGAUGGAGGCCGAGCUCACCGGGGACCCCGGGGGGGCCGACAAGAGGCCGUCCGCACACACCAGGAGGCCCGGCGCCGACCCCCACCCCUGCUGCGAGCGCGGCCCAUACUGCGUGGACGAGAACACCGAGCGGAGAAAUCACUACCUGGACCUGGCUGGGAUCGAGAACUACACAUCUAGGUUUGGACCCGGGGCGCCGCCGUCACAGGCCAAGCAGGAGCACCUGGGCAAGGCCGCGCACCCCCUGAGCCGGUCCCGCUCCCAGGAGGCGGACACGCGCACGGCACUCCAGCGCCGGCCCCAGGUGCUGGCCCACCACCCGCUGCUGGCCGCAGAGCCCGCCGUCAGGGCCCUGGACAUGCAGCCCCGGUUGAAGGGGCAGGAGAAGCAGCUUCUCAAGCCCCCCAGGGGCUCAGGGCGGCCCCCUGGGGCGCCGGGCACAGGCAAGCCCGGGAGAGCCUUCGGCUGCCCCCCGCCGGCUGCCCCGCCCCAGGCCCCCCGGGACGGCCACCGCCUCCCGCAGCCCCCACCACAGCCCCACGGCCACAGGCGGGCCCGGCGGAAGAGCAGGGAAGUCCACUCGCCGCUCAGGGCGGCGCUCGGCCAGCCCGCGGCGCUGGAGCACGAGGUGCUGCGGGCCCUGCCGCCCAUGUUGGCGGGGGAGGGCUGUGCGGUGCCCGCGGUCCACCACCACCACGCCUCCUAG